AUGCUGGCGUCAUUACGAGCCUUUCCAUUGGCAAGGCGAUCACUGCUGAGCUCUGCCGGGUCUAUUACGUACCAGCAGUCUCCGAGGAUUCGAGCAUUACGGUCGACACCGGCAGUCUCCAGCUCACGUUCGAGGACCUUCGCCUCCAACGGCACCGACUCUGAUUCAUCGGCAAAAGCUACUGGUAGCCCCGACCUGAAGCCGUACUUUGCCACAACACCAAUCUUCUAUGCCAACGCAGAUCCGCACAUCGGGCACCUUUAUUCCGACAUCAUCGCCGACGUUCUUGCUCGAUAUCAUGGCUACAUGCGAUCCGGGUACUCUGCCUACUCUCGCACGGGAGAGCCCGUCGACCUCGCUUCAAUACCAACAGUAGAGCCAGUGAAGUCUCUAUUAAGCACAGGAACAGACGAACAUGGCCUGAAGAUUCAAAAAGUCGCCGAGGCCUCCAACGAAGAUCCUCGAGCGCUCGGCGACCGCAUUUCUCAACGGUUCAAGCAGCUCGCAGACGCAGCCAACAUCAAUUAUAGUCGCUUCAUUCGCACCACUGAUUCGGAACACAAAGCCUCAGUCGAGCAUCUCUGGCGUACGCUGCGGGAGAAAGGCUGGAUCUACCAGGGCAGCCAUGAAGGAUGGUACGCGGUUUCUGAUGAGGCUUUCUACCCAGAAACGCAGGUGCACGAGGUCACAGUAGACGGACAAAAGCAGAUGCAAAGCAUCGAGACAGGAGCAAAAGUUGAGUGGAGUCAGGAAGUGAACUACAAAUUCAAGCUAUCCGCUUUUCAAGAGCCUUUGAUGAAGUGGUUGAAAGACAAUCCUCAGGCUAUCCAGCCAGCACAGAAAUAUGCGGAGGUGUUGCAAGAGAUCGAGUCAGGUUUGAGUGACUUAUCGAUAUCUCGGCCGAGGUCGAGGCUGCAAUGGGGUAUCCCGGUACCUGACGAUCCGGAGCAUACCAUCUACGUCUGGGUAGACGCUCUCACCAAUUACCUCACUGUUGCCGGCUAUCCGGGCUGGGUAACAGACCCUUCUUCUGUUGCAAAAUCGACAAACGCAUGGCCAGCAGACGUCCACGUUGUCGGCAAAGACAUUCUUCGAUUCCACGCCAUCUACUGGCCCGCCCUUCUCCUCGCCGCUGGCCUACCCCCACCGAAAACGGUCCUGGCUCACUCGCACUGGACAAUGAACAAAGCCAAGAUGUCCAAGUCUUGUGGCAACGUUGCAAACCCAUUCGAAGCUAUCUCUCAGUUUGGACUGGACCCGUUGCGUUUCUUCCUCAUGCGAGUAGGUGGUAACUUUGGCUCUGACUCGGAUUACAAUCCGGAAGUGCUGGUGGAGUAUCAAAGGAAGUACCUGCAUGGACAGCUGGGUAACCUUGUAUCUAGGAUAUGUGCUCCGAAGAUUCACGCCCGGUUGUCCGACUUUCCCCGUGAUGAGGAGACACAGGUUUUGAAACGACCCAGUAGGAAGGAAGUAACAGCGCAUCUGGUGAAGACGCUACCGGACAGUGACACAAACAAGAUGUGCCAGAAAUUGGAGUACGAUCUCAUUAAUUUGCCAGGGACGGUGGAUGCUCUGAUGCAACAAUUUGAAGUAGCAAAAGCCCUUGAGGUGAUCCUAGAGACUGUCAUUGGAGGUACGAACAAAGUCUUGCAGCGGUUGAAACCUUGGGCGCCGUCCACUCAUCCAAUCGUCGCACUCGAAAGCGUGGUCCUUGUGACCGAGAGUCUGCGCAUCUCAGCAUUGCUGUUGCAGCCGUUCAUGCCGGAUAAGAUGAACACUUUGCUGGAUACGCUAAAGAUUCCUGCGUCGAAGAGGACUCAUCCAAAGGACCUGGUGGUGACGGACGAGGAAGGGAGGUUGGUCUCGCAUGCUGUACAGAGGUUGGAGGGUGAGGAUAAGCCUGAACCGCUGUUCCCUAGAAUUGAUGUACUGGAGCCUAAAAUUGAUGUACUGGAGCCCAAAAUGGAUGUACUGGAGCCUAAAAUUGAUGUACUGGAGCCUAAAAUUGAUGUACUGGAGCCUAAAAUUGAUGUACUGGAGUCGUAA